CGCACAUCAUCGCAAAAGCUAGCUGUUUCCGGCGAGGUGGGGUUUCAAUAUAAUCACCACCGUCGAGGAUCCAUCCACGGAUUUAAAGUUUACCUUCAUGCGUUUGUGUCCGUCCCUUUUGCAAUUUGUGGGAUAGUUUUUAACAAAUUCCAUAUGUCGAUCUGGAAAUCGUGUACACCGGUGGCAGGUCUGGUCUUUCUACGAACAUAUUGUGUAAAACAGUGCAUUCCGAAAAUGAUAAGAAAUACAAAGAUCACUGCGGAAUAGUGAGAGAAUGCCGAGUGACUACCAACCAAAAUUGUUUGAUUUUGCUCGAAACAAACAACAAUGAAGGUUUAAUAAGCUUGAUAAUAAUUUACAAUGCUUAACUGUCUAAGGGAAAACAUUCAGAAAAAGAAAAGGAACUCCGGCAUUCAAAAAUCAAAACAAAAGACUAAAGAGGAUGCGGAUUUGAAUAUAGUUGCAGAAGUGAGAAGAAAGGUAUGUCGCCAUCCUCCAACUUAAACCUUCAGGUACAAGCAGUGCUUGAGAAAUGCAGCCAUCUCCAUCACCUCAAGCAGCUUCAAGCCCAUCUCAUCACCCUCGGUCAUGGCCACACCCAAUUUUAUGCCUCCAAGCUCGUGCGCUUUUGCACCCUCUCUCUCUCCAACCUUGCCUAUGCUCGCUUCAUUUUCGACCACCUCCAAUCCCCCAAUGUGUUUCUUUACACAGCUAUGAUCACAGCCUACAAUUUGCAUUCGGAUCACACCUCUGCCUUUCUGUUGUAUAGAGAAAUGGUCCGGAAAGGCCGUUCCAAGCCCAAUGAGUUCAUCUUUCCUUUAGCCCUCAAGUCCUGCCCGGAGGUCGUGAAGAACUUUGGAACUCCAAUGCUGCAUGCCCAGAUUGAGAAAACGGGUUUUGGGAAAUACCCGGUUGUGCAAACGGCGCUUUUGGAUUCCUACUCUAGGUUUUCGGCUGAUAUUACGAUUGCUAGACAACUGUUCGACGAAAUGUCUGAAAGGAACGUGGUGUCCUGGACUGCUAUGGUCUCUGGGUUGACUAGAGUUGGGAAGAUGGGAGAUGCCAUUUUAGUGUUUGAAGAAAUGCCCGAGGCACUGAGAGAUACUCCAUCGUGGAAUUCAAUUAUCUCAGGGUGCACACAGAAUGGCUUGUUUACGGAAGCACUUUCAUUUUUUAGGAGGUUGGUUUUGGAGGGGAAUGGGAAUAGACCCAACCAGACAUCUAUGGUGUGUGCACUUUCAGCAUGUGGACACUGUGGAAUGCUUCAACUUGGGAAGUGCAUUCAUGGGUAUAUGCUUAGGAUUGGACUUCGUUUGGAUUCGUUCACUUUGAAUGCUCUGAUUGAUAUGUAUGGAAAAUGUGGAAGUUUGAAAGGAGCAAGAACGGUUUUUGACACAAGUGCAAAGAGAAGUUUGACAUGUUGGAACUCUAUAAUUAAUUCUUUUGCUCUCCAUGGCCAUUGGAAAGGCGCUAUAAGUGUUUUUGCAGAGAUGUUGCAGCAACAUGGCGAUGUAGUAAAGCCCGAUGGAGUGACAUUUGUUGGGUUACUAAAUGCUUGCACUCACGGGGGAUUAGUCGAAGAGGGGCUUAGUUACUAUGAUUCGAUGACUAGGGAGUACAUGAUUGAACCCGAGAUUCAACAUUAUGGUUGCUUGAUCGAUCUUCUAGGUCGGGCUGGUAGAUUCAACGAAAUGAUGGAAGUUGUUAAGGGGAUGAGGGUUCCCCCGGAUGAGGUCGUGUGGGGUUCUUUACUUAACGCGUGUAAGAUUCAUGGGCGUACAGAUUUGGCCGAGUUUGCUCUAAAGAAAUUGAUUGAGAUGGAGCCUAACAAUGGUGGUUAUUAUGCAAUGUUGGCUAAUUUAUGUGGGGGGCUUGAGAAGUGGGAUGAUGCAUUGAGGUUAAGGAAGAGCAUAAAUGAGCAGAAUGCAUAUAAGCUGCCGGGUUGCAGUUGGAUUGAGAUUGACAAACAAGUUAGUCAGUUCUAUUCUGUCGAUAAAUCGCACCCUAAGACUGCACAAAUAUAUUCCAUUUUGGAAUCUUUAGUCAUCUCUACUAGCCUCCUAUAAUUUGCAUGCUAGCUUCCUUCCAACUAUCCACAGACACUACAGGCUUUAUUUUAUUUUCCAAAUCAAUUAAUUUAUUAACGAUCCUUCGCACCAAUUUAUUGAAUGUGUAGCUAGCAAGCACUUUUCUCUGUCUCGCCCCAACACUAUGAUUGUGAUGGGUAAAUAUGUACUAGGACUACUCGCAGGAUCGCCCAAAUCAUGACCACCUGAUUGGAUUACCCACUCGGUCGGUCUACCCAACCGAUUGGUUGGUUUCGCCACCAAGAUUAGUAAAAUGUUUAUAAUUAAUCAAGAGCUUUACCAAAUGUGCAGGUGUUCUCUAUUAGAUGCUUAAUCUUCAAGCAGAUGUCUUCUUCCUCAUGAAUGCAUUCCCAACAUGCCAUAUGCAUCUCCACCAUUCUAACAAUAUCCUUGAUUUUUCUAAUUUGUUUUUUUUGUACAUACUAUAUGCAUCAGUUAGAGUUAUUCAUGCUUUCUUUGUCAUGUUUGUUGCUGAUCUGUUUCUGGAAUUCAACCUUCCUCGAGUGGCAGUUGAUCUCGCUUCUCUGGAUCUAUUGUGAUUCUUCCAUCUCAAAA